ACUUUACGGAAACUAUCGAAUUAACACUUUUCAGUUUGGAGAGUGUUAGACAUUCACACCUACCACCGUAACAUCUGUGCAGACAUGACUCCCUGUAGACAGAACAGUAUUCUCUUACCUCUAGGUUCGCUGCUAGCACCGGAAAUUGGACUCUUUUAGUUGUUGCCGUACUUCGUCACUUGAUGAGUAAACCUGGUGCCACUUCUUUCUAUCGUUUUGAACCUUUUACCAAGCAACUAAGUGUCAUUCACUUGGAGUAUGGGUGUUUAGAAGUAAUGUUAGACAUUAUGUAGGCAAAGAGUAAUAACGAUCUACAACAAGCUUCAGAUCAAAUACAUAUCUGAAUAGGUUACUCCUGCAGUAAUUCGAGGAACCAGAAAAAGAGUAAACGGAAAUAAAGGGCUCAUGUUUAAAGCUACUCAGUUGAUUAACCAAAUCACAGCGUUCACGAUCUAAUGACUGACUAUCAGUCCUUAUCCACAAGAGUAUUGCCAUCUUGGAUACAUCACCACGACCUACCUCAGCUUGGACCAACUUCUCCACCAUUAACAGUUUUCCCAUACUGCAGUCACUGGUUAUCUUGGAACCAGCUUCCUGACCUGUGCUCGAUCUCUUACUCGGCAGCACUCUCCCGGAAACAGCGGAGAAGCAGAACUGCUUUCACCCAUCAACAGUUAGGAACUCUCGAGAGAACGUUUUCCAAAACUCAGUACCCGGAUGUGGUGACACGAGAGCGCUUAGCUUUAUGCACCAAUCUCCCCGAGGCUCGAAUACAAGUUUGGUUCAAAAAUCGGCGCGCCAAAUACCGCAAACAACUUAAAGCAAAUACUCAAGACAUCUCUGAAUCUGACAAAGGAAGCAGUGACACAAACCGAGUAGAAAGGGAAACUUCGGGUUCUGUCGGCCAAGAAGCGGAGAUUAGCGAAGCUUCCGAUUAUUCUACGUAUGCUUUGCGCACCGCGAAAGCUUCUAGUUUGGAUAACGCAAAUGAAAAAUUAAAAGCGAAAGUCAGUGACGGAAAAAUGGAUGCUUUGCAUCAAAGUGAUGAGGAAGAAACACCUACCAGCAAAGAAGAGAAAAAUGUCACACCUGAAGAGACCAAAGAAAAGAAUAAGAAAAAAUACAGUGAUACUGAGCUAAAUGCUGUGAAAAUAUCUUCUGUUAUGUGCCCAACUCCAGCAAGUCUUCUACUGUCUUCUCAAACAGCAGCUUCUAGCUAUCAAGGUCCGAGCUGCCCUCUGUCGACAAGAUUUCCAUCGGUAUGGGAACUCCCAUCUCCAUCUUGGCCUAGCAGCUUUACUGGUUUACAUACAUCAAGAAACUCAGUAAGCUGUGGAGCCACUUGGCCGUAUACCUUACCAGUUAGAUUACAGCCAGCACCUGCUUCUGGUACUUGUUGGUCAAGCUUUGGCAACAAUUCAUCGUCCAACUUUGAUUCAACUGUUUUUAGAUUAUCUACUCAUAGUCGUAACUCAUCAAGUUAAUCUUCUCCAGAUGUGAAAUCUUUACAUGCAUAUUACCCCAUAGACGCUUAUACUUAGAAUGAAAUUUCAAUACUGAAUUCAGUGUAUAGAAUAAAAUGAUGGCAUAUACCUUGGCACCUCUAGUGAAAUUACAACAUUAUAGUUGUUUAAAAACAGUCAUCCCGAUAUAAACAUUGUAUUUAGAAUGAAAUUGCAGUGUGUAAUCUGAGGCAGAAAUGUCAACAUUCAACAUGGAGUCUACACGAACUAUACACAGCAAGGAUUUUGAAAUUCAAAAUGAAGACACAAAAACGAAUAAACGACUGAAGCAGAGUCUUGGUAAGAGGUCCUCAAGUUGAAUUUAACAUACAAUAUUGAGAAGCAACGUGGAUCCCAACACUUAUAUAUAUAGAUUUAGUAUUUACCAAUAACUCAUACUUCAUUUGCGUACAAGCGUUUUGAAAUUGUUCACUGUAACAAGCA